AUGUCUGGACUGCGGAACAUAGCNAAAGGAGGAUGGCAUCCCGGCGGCGGCAAAGACAACAAUAGCAGCAGCAGUAGUGGUGGAGGAAGUGGCUGGCGGUCCAAGAUCAACGACAAGAUCCCAAGCCGCAUCAACGACAGGAUUCCCGGAAGCACGAGCAAGUCUGAAAGAGAGCGCAUAGAGGCGCGGGAGAACCACGUAUCGCAGCCCCUGGCUUCGCUCAGAGACCCUGCCUCUUUCGCACCACCACCGAAACACAUCCACUACCAUGGCCAAGCAGCGGCGGCAGGCAGCAGCUCUCCGGGUGCUCUCACCACCACAUCCAGCUACUCUAGCACUCCCGCGAACACUGCUGCUACACGUGGACUAGGUGCCCCGUUGCCCAACGACAUGAUCCAGCAGCAGCAAUACGCACAACACCAAGCCCAGCAAGAAGAAGAAGAAGAAGAGGCUUCUCGCCCACCGCCUGGGCCUUACCGAGUAGACACAACCGGUCUAUCCACUGCCCAUCUGCCGAAACCUCCUGUGCGACGAGUCGACACAGCCUCACCUUCAUCUAUCUCUUCUCAGCCGAGACCUCCUCCACGCCAAAUCGCCCCAUCGCCUGCUGCUCGCGCGCUGCUCCCUCCUCCUCGUUCCACUCCUACCCCUCCUUCUGCUCCACCUAGACAACAGCCUGCUUUACCACCUCGAUUACCUCCGCGACAGAACUCUCACCCUGAUCUCAACUCUCCUCCACCUCCUCCUGUCUAUGAAGAAGCUGUUCAAGCACCACAACACGUACCUGGCCCAGAUCAAGGCGCAAUGAAUCGACUCGCUCGGGCAGGUGUGAGUGUUCCUGGCUUCGACAUCGGUGCCAAAUCUGCCUCGCCCGCACCCAGGCCACCUCCACCGUCCCAAAUGAACGAGCUGCAAUCGCGCUUCUCCAGAAUGUCAUCCUCUGACUCCUCACAAACGCAACAACCACAAUCAUCGAACGGCGUAUCUUCACGUUUUGGAAACAUGGUUUCUCAGCAGGCAAGCAACCCACAGGUCCAAUCCCGUCUCGCAGGGCUUGCUUCUUCACCAACUGUUCGAAACCAUGCAGCCAACAUCGCCUCUUCUCCAGCGGUCCAAAAACAAGCGGUUCAACACGCCGGCACCUUCGCUUCUGCCUCUGGUGCCUCUCCACAGCAGGCGCAAGCUCUACAAUCAGGCUUCUCGCGCGUUGCUGCUUCACCUACAGCUAUGAAUCUCGCCACUCGGCACGCUGGCACUAUUGCUUCAGCCGCUUCAUCUUUCGCUCCAAAUGCUNNGCUGCUGGGAAGAAGCCUCCACCGCCGCCGCCAAAGAAAAAAAGAACUGCAGGCUGAUGCUCCGCCAGUGCCACUUUCGAGCAAACCCAGGUUCUGA